AUCAUUUUAAUAUUGUCCCCUAAUCAAUCUGUGUGUUAGCGAGACAAUUCUAGGGUUUGUUCGAUUCUCCGGCAGCGAUGAAAAGCGACGAUGAGACGGCGAAACGAGAUUCGACGGAGGUGGAAUCUGACUCUUCUGUCUCUAAAAAACAGGAGAUCGAAGAUGAAGAUGAAGACGACACAGGCAUGGAAGACGAAGUCGAUAGCGAUAGCGAUAGCAAUAACCCAUACUUAUGGAGUGCCGACGAAGAAGACGAUGACUCUCCGACAAUCAACUAUUCAAACUUGCAAGAUCCGGAACUGGAGUGGGACAAGGACAGUUACGACGACCACGAAUUGGUAUUCGAUGCUGACGGCCGCAAAGGUUUCUCCAGCGACAAGGCGUAUGAAGAGUUCCGCGAGUAUAAAACCAUGUGCUUUAAGAAUAGGGGGUUUAUAGAUGAUCCAUUCAGAUCCAUCUACCCCAUGAGAGAUCUGGACGAUCUCUCGAUAACCCCGACUGAUAGGCAAUAUUUGACAAAUAUUGCUUCCCUGUGUGUUAAGAAACUCAACGAGGAGAAGGGUUCGUCUGCGGAAGUUGUAAGCAUUGUGAGAGGCAAUCUUAAACCAGGAGGUGGGUUUAAGCUUUACAUCACCUUUAUGGCUCGAGAGUAUCCUAAUGGUCCUCCCGUGGAGUAUCAAGCCAAGGCCAUGGAUUUUGCAGGAGACAAAAUACCUCCACUUCCCAUUCUCUGCAGACCAGCGUCUAGCAUGCUCUAAUCUAUGACUUGCAUAAGUAUUUUUUAUGUUUAGUCUUUUAUUCUCAGUGUAACUACUUAGUAGUAUUUUUAUGUAAUUUCGGAUGAUUGUCUUUCUGGAUUUCAAAUCUUCAAUCUAGUCAUUGCAAAAUCGGUAUGUUGUUGCUGGUCGACGCGGAACACCAAGAUUAAGGGGUAUUUGAAAUG